AUGUUCUUAGCCACUUCACCGACCCUGAGUCCCAAAUCUCCGGCAGGGAACGGUGGAACCCUAAGAUCUACUUUCCGGCUGGAAGGAAUCGGGAUCAUGAAGAUCAAGAAACCUCUCAAGGAACUCAAGCUCUCUGUUCCGGCACAGAAUUCUCCCAUAUCCUCUUUCCUGACGGCAAGUGGGACCUUUCACGACGGGGAUUUACUGCUGAAUCAGAACGGGCUCCGAUUGAUUUCUGACGAUAAUGAAGCUCCAGUGACUAUGAGCAGAAAAAUUCCUGUGAAGAAUAGUAGCUUCAAUUUUGUUGAGAUAACUUUGAGGAUGCUCACUCGGUCUUUUGCUUACCAAGCCCAUCAUUAUUCUACACCUCUGAAUAAUUCAAGGUUAAUAUUUAUAAUGACUAAUCUGCCUUCAGAAACAAAGGAGAUUGAUCUUCAGUUCUCAUUGGAAGAUCUUGAGACCAUCAAAGUUAUCGGCAAGGGAAGUGGUGGUGUUGUUCAACUUGUUCGCCACAAAUGGGUUGGAACAUUGUUUGCCUUGAAGGUUAUCCAGAUGAAUAUACAAGAGGAGAUUCGCAAACAAAUCGUUCAAGAGCUCAAAAUAAAUCAAGCUUCACAAUGUCCAAAUGUUGUGGUUUGCUAUCACUCGUUUUAUCACAAUGGAGCUAUCUCUCUUGUGUUUGAAUACAUGGAUCGUGGAUCACUAGUUGAUGUAAUCAGACAGGUCAAGACUAUCCUCGAACCCUAUCUUGCUGUUGUAUGCAAACAGGUUUUACAUGGCCUGGUCUACUUACAUCACGAGAGGCACGUGAUUCACAGAGACAUAAAGCCCUCGAACCUGCUAGUGAACCACAAAGGUGAGGUUAAGAUUACGGAUUUCGGUGUGAGUGCAAUGCUGGCAAACUCUAUGGCUCAACGGGACACAUUUGUCGGGACCUACAAUUACAUGGCUGUGAGUAUAUAA